AUGGUCGUCCUCUGUGCACCUGUGUCGACUAUGUCGGGCAAUUUACAGCUGCUGGCGAACCUGCGCUGGACUGGUGUUGUCGGUGGGCUGCAGACUGGAAUCGAACUAAGAACUUUCAGCAUUACAGCGCGUCAGCAAUCGGGACGGACCCGCCACCACCUGCCUCGCCCCUCCCCCGUCCCCACGUCGCUCGUCGCGCCCUCCCCCGGUCCCCCACGUCGCUCGUCGCGCCCUCCCCCGUCCCCCCACGUCGCUCGUCGCGCCCUCCCCGUCCCCCCACGUCGCUCGUCGCGCCCUCCCCCGUCCCCCCACGUCGCUCGUCGCGCCCCUCCCCCGUCCCCCCCACGUCGCUCGUCCGCGCCCUCCCCCGUCCCCCCACGUCGCUCGUCGCGCCCUCCCCCGUCCCCCCACGUCGCUCGUCGCGCCCUCCCCCGUCCCCCACGUCGCUCGUCGCGCCCUCCCCCGUCCCCCCACGUCGCUCGUCGCGCCCUCCCCCGUCCCCCCACGUCGCUCGUCGCGCCCUCCCCCGUCCCCCCGUCGCUCGCUCGUCCCCCGUCCGCGUCGCGCUCCCCCCGUCCCCCCCACGUCGCUCGUCGCGCCCUCCCCCGUCCCCCCACGUCGCUCGUCGCGCCCUCCCCCGUCCCCCCACGUCGCUCGUCGCGCCCUCCCCCGUCCCCCCCACCCCCCCACGUCGCUCGUCGCGCCCUCCCCCCGUCCCCCCCACGUCGCUCGUCGCGCCCUCCCCCGUCCCCCACGUCGCUCGUCGCGCCCUCCCCCCGUCCCCCCACGUCGCUCGUCGCGGCCCUCCCCCGUCCCCCCACGUCGCUCGUCGCGGCCCUCCCCCGUCCCCCCACGUCGCUCGUCGCGCCCCUCCCCCGUCCCCCCACGUCGCUCGUCGCGCCCCUCCCCCGUCCCCCACCCGUCGCUCGUCGCGGCCCUCCCCCCGUCCCCCCACGUCGCUCGUCGCGCCCUCCCCCGUCCCCCCCACGUCGCUCGUCGCGCCUCCCUCCGUCCCCCCACGUCGCUCGUCGCGCCCUCCCCCGUCCCCCCACGCUCGCUCGUCGCGCCCUCCCCCGUCCCCCCACGUCGCUCGUCGCGCCCUCCCCCGUCCCCCCACGUCGCUCGUCGCGCCCUCCCCCGUCCCCCCACGUCGCUCGUCGCGCCCUCCCCCGUCCCCCCACGUCGCUCGUCGCGCCCUCCCCCGUCCCCCCACGUCGCUCGUCGCGCCCUCCCCCGUCCCCCACGUCGCUCGUCGCGCCCCUCCCCCGUCCCCCCACGUCGCUCGUCGCGCCCAUCCCCCCGUCCCCCCACGUCGCUCGUCGCGACCCUACCCCCGUCCCCCCCACGUCGCUCGUCGCGCCCUCUCCCCGUCCCCCCCACGUCGCUCGUCGCGCCCUCCCUCCCCCCACGUCGCUCGUCGCGCCCUCCCCCGUCCCCCCCACGUCGCUCGUCGCCGCCCUCCCCGUCCCCCCACGUCGCUCGUCGCGCCCUCCCCCGUCCCCCCACGUCGCUCGUCGCGCCCUCCCCGUCCCCCCACGUCGCUCGUCGCGCCCUCCCCCGUCCCCCCACGUCGCUCGUCGCGCCCUCCCCCGUCCCCCCACGUCGCUCGUCGCGCCCUCCCCCGUCCCCCCACGUCGCUCGUCGCGCCUCCCCCGUCCCCCCACGUCGCUCGUCGCGCCCUCCCCCGUCCCCCCCACGUCGCUCGUCGCGCCCUCCCCCGUCCCCCCACGUCGCUCGUCGCGCCCUCCCCCGUCCCCCCACGUCGCUCGUCCGCGCCCUCCCCCCGUCCCCCCACGUCGCUCGUCGCGCCCUCCCCCGUCCCCCCACGUCGCUCGUCGCGCCCUCCCCCGUCCCCCCACGUCGCUCGUCGCGCCCUCCCCCGUCCCCCCACGUCGCUCGUCGCGCCCUCCCCCGUCCCCCCACGUCGCUCGUCGCGCCCUCCCCCGUCCCCCCACGUCGCUCGUCGCGCCCUCCCCCGUCCCCCCACGUCGCUCGUCGCGCCCUCCCCCGUCCCCCCACGUCGCUCGUCGCGCCCUCCCCCGUCCCCCCACGUCGCUCGUCGCGCCCUCCCCCGUCCCCCCACGUCGCUCGUCGCGCCCUCCCCCGUCCCCCCACGUCGCUCGUCGCGCCCUCCCCCGUCCCCCCACGUCGCUCGUCGCGCCCUCCCCCGUCCCCCCACGUCGCUCGUCGCGCCCUCCCCCGUCCCCCCACGUCGCUCGUCGCGCCCUCCCCCGUCCCCCCACGUCGCUCGUCGCGCCCUCCCCCGUCCCCCCACGUCGCUCGUCGCGCCCUCCCCCGUCCCCCCACGUCGCUCGUCGCGCCCUCCCCCGUCCCCCCACGUCGCUCGUCGCGCCCUCCCCCGUCCCCCCACGUCGCUCGUCGCGCCCUCCCCCGUCCCCCCACGUCGCUCGUCGCGCCCUCCCCCGUCCCCCCACGUCGCUCGUCGCGCCCUCCCCCGUCCCCCCACGUCGCUCGUCGCGCCCUCCCCCGUCCCCCCACGUCGCUCGUCGCGCCCUCCCCCGUCCCCCCACGUCGCUCGUCGCGCCCUCCCCCGUCCCCCCACGUCGCUCGUCGCGCCCUCCCCCGUCCCCCCACGUCGCUCGUCGCGCCCUCCCCCGUCCCCCCACGUCGCUCGUCGCGCCCUCCCCCCGUCCCCCCACGUCGCUCGUCGCGCCCUCACCCCGUCCCCCCACGUCGCUCGUCGCGCCCUCACCCCGUCCCCCCACGUCGCUCGUCGCGCCCUCACCCCGUCCCCCCACGUCGCUCGUCGCGCCCUCACCCCGUCCCCCCACGUCGCUCGUCGCGCCCUCACCCCGUCCCCCCACGUCGCUCGUCGCGCCCUCACCCCGUCCCCCCACGUCGCUCGUCGCGCCCUCACCCCGUCCCCCCACGUCGCUCGUCGCGCCCUCACCCCGUCCCCCCACGUCGCUCGUCGCGCCCUCACCCCGUCCCCCCACGUCGCUCGUCGCGCCCUCACCCCUCCCCCCACGUCGCUCGUCGCGCCCUCACCCCUCCCCCCACGUCGCUCGUCGCGCCCUCACCCCUCCCCCCACGUCGCUCGUCGCGCCCUCACCCCUCCCCCCACGUCGCUCGUCGCGCCCUCACCCCUCCCCCCACGUCGCUCGUCGCGCCCUCACCCCUCCCCCCACGUCGCUCGUCGCGCCCUCACCCCUCCCCCCACGUCGCUCGUCGCGCCCUCACCCCUCCCCCCACGUCGCUCGUCGCGCCCUCACCCCUCCCCCCACGUCGCUCGUCGCGCCCUCACCCCUCCCCCCACGUCGCUCGUCGCGCCCUCACCCCUCCCCCCACGUCGCUCGUCGCGCCCUCACCCCUCCCCCCACGUCGCUCGUCGCGCCCUCACCCCCUCCCCCCACGUCGCUCGUCGCGCCCUCACCCCCCUCCCCACGUCGCUCGUCGCGCCCUCACCCCCCCUCCCCACGUCGCUCGUCGCGCCCUCACCCACCCUCCCCACGUCGCUCGUCGCGCCCUCACCCACCCUCCCCACGUCGCUCGUCGCGCCCUCACCCACCCUCCCCACGUCGCUCGUCGCGCCGUCACCCACCCUCCCCACGUCGCUCGUCGCGCCCUCACCCACCCUCCCCACGUCGCUCGUCGCGCCCUCACCCACCCUCCCCACGUCGCUCGUCGCGCCCUCACCCACCCUCCCCACCCGACUGUAUGCUGUUCACCGACGACACCAGCCCAACGCACAUUCGCCAGCUGCCUACCACGUACGCCCCCGACAGUGUCGUCCUCUGA